GUCAGUUUAGUAUUAUGUCGGCAUUCAAAAUAAGUUAACACGAGAUUGAAUUAUCGGUUUAUAGAUGCUGUGAUAAAAAGAACUUAUAGAAAAAAAUGAAUAUCUUAGCAAUGAUAUAUUCCUUCUUCUUGUUUGAUUUUACUUUUGAUUAUUGGACUAUCUUCUAUUUCUUAUUAAAAUGUAUUUUAAGAACAAUGAUGUUAAUGUUGAGUUUUAUAAUGUAUCCAAUUAUUAGGAUACGACUUAAAAAACGUCAGUAUUGUCCUCCUUUGUCAAACAAAAUAUUCUUUUGGACGGCUACUGAUAUUGCAAGAAAAAUUCGUACGAAACAGAUCACCAGUGAGGAAGUAGUUUCAACAUUUAUUGCUCGUUGUAAGGAGGUCAAUCCUAUAUUGAAUGCCAUUGUCGAGGACAAUUAUGAAAAUGCGUUAAAAGAAGCUCGCACUGUCGAUUAUUUUCUAAAUACAACUACGCAAUCUAUAGAGUCUAUCGCACAAGAUAUGCCAUUACUUGGAGUUCCCAUAACAAUUAAAGCUAGUAUCGCUGUAAAAGAUUUUAGUAUCGCAGUAGGAGUGACAAGCGAAAAACAUACAAAGGCCAAAAAAGAUGCACUCGUUGUAAAAAAUGUUCGUCAAGCCGGUGGCAUUAUUUUGUUAACGAGUAAUACACCAGAAUUAUGCAUGUCCUGGGAAACGGUUAACAACAUCAUUGGUAGAACAUCAAAUCCGUAUGACACAAGAAGAACAUCUGGUGGUUCAACGGGUGGCGAGGCUGCACUUAUAGGCAGUGGUGCUUCUUUGAUGGGUUUGGCAUCUGAUGUUGCAGGAUCGGUAAGAUUGCCUGCCAUGUUUUGUGGUGUUUUUGGUCACAAACCAACGCCAUAUUGGGUUUCAUGCGAUGGUCACAGACCAAUAAGUACAAAUAAAAAAUGGAAUGAUACUUUUACUAUUGGUGUGAUGACGAGAUACGCUAUCGAUAUUCCUUUAAUUUUAAGAAGUAUUACAACAUCUCAGGAAUGUAAAGAAUGUCUUAAUCGUGAGGUGGAUAUUAGAGAAAUCACGAUUUUUUAUUUCGAUGACGAAUACUGUAAAAUAUUAAGUUCACCCAUUGAUAAGGAAAUCAAACUUGCCAUCAAUAACUUGACCAAUCAUUUGAAAUCGACUUACAGAUGUCAAGUUCAAAAAAUAGAAUUAAAAAAUUUGAAAUACGCGAUGGAAAUAGGAAGCAUUACUCCUUUUGAAUUAAAUAAAGCGGAGACGAUUUUUAAUUUGAACGAUGGAACAAAACCAUGGAAAAGCGUAUUUCUUGUUACAUUGCAACGCUUAUUUAAUCUUAAUACUCACACAUGGGGAUCUAUAUUAUAUGGAAUUCUUGUGAGAUUCUUAGAAAAAUUACCAGCGUCGUAUCAUGAAAAUAUUUUGCAAAAGCGUACUUUACUUAAGAAAGAACUUAAACAACUUUUACAUCACAAUGCUGUUUUGAUUUAUCCAACCUUUAAUGCAAGUGCACAUUAUCAUUCGGAAAUAUAUUACAAGCUUUUAAAUAUAGCUUAUAUGAAUAUUUUUAAUUCGUUGAGUCUUCCUGUCACGCAAUGUCCUAUGGGAUUAAAUAGAAAGGGUUUACCUAUAGGUUUACAGAUAAUCGCUAAUGAUUCUUGCGAUCAUUUAACAAUUGCAUUGGCUAAGGAGAUCGAGAAAAAAUUUGGUGGUUGGCAAGUACCACCUAGUAAUAUUAAUAUAGCUACUUAAUUAACAUAGGUUUUCAUUUUAUAUUAGUCAAUUAAUUGGUCUGUUCUCUUAAUAAAUUUUAGAUGAUUGAUUUGAUGUUUGGAGAGUCAUGUUUUUAUGAUAUUAUACAAAUGAAUUUGUAUAUCAAAUUGAAAAUCCUCAAUAUAGAAACGAUAAAAGUAAAAAAAUAAAAAAAUGUGUGUGUGUGUGUGUGUGUAUAUAAAUUUAGUUUAUAAGAUUGUACAGACUAUUGUAGUAAAAGCAAUUAUUUAUAAUAUUAUUCUUUUUAUAUUUUUUUUCUCAUGGAAUAUCACAAUAAAUAGCAGUAAAGAAUA